AUGAUAUCUGCAGCUAAACGUUCAAUCAUCAGCCAAGGGCGCCUCUUCUCUACAACUGCUUCUGCUAUGGGCAAGAAGGUUUUCUUUGACACCUCGAUCAAUGGUACAAAGCAGAACAGAAUUGAGUUCGAGCUGUAUGACGAAGUUGUCCCAAAAACCGCUGAGAAUUUCAGAGCUCUCUGUACAGGUGAGAAAGGAUUUGGCUACAAGGGCGUUCCUUUUCACAGAGUCAUUCCUAACUUCAUGUUGCAAGGUGGUGACACCGAUUUGACCAACGGCUACGGUGGUAAGUCCAUCUACGGUAACAAAUUUGCUGACGAGAACUUUACCAAGAAGCAUGAUAAAGCCGGUCUGCUCUCUAUGGCUAACGCUGGCCCAAACACCAAUGGCUCCCAAUUUUUCAUCACUACCGUUCCUUGCCCAUGGUUGGACGGUAAGCACGUGGUCUUCGGAGAGGUCACUAAAGGUAUGGACGUUGUCAAGACCAUAGAAGCAUUUGGUACCAUGUCCGGUAAGCCACGCGCUAAGAUCGUUGUCGAGGAAGCCGGCGAGUUGUGA